CGGGGAAGAUGGCGCUGUCCUGCAGGAGCGGUGCUGCCAUGAGAAAGUACCUUCUGCUGCUAGCCCAGGAUAACUGCGAGUUCCGCCUGCCGGAAAUCAAGUCAUUACUAACCCUUUUUGGUGGCCAUUUCAACAAUAUUCAAGAUGCACAAGCAAAGUCUCCAUUCUGUGUACUUCACCUUCCGUCUGAAGAAAUGGCAAGAAAGCUUAUGAAGCGGACUGUGUGUGCAAAGUCUGUGUUUGAGCUGUGGGCUCAUGGAAAAUCCUUGGAAGAGCUUAAAGAAUCUCUUGAACGCCAUCCUUUAGAAAACAUGGUCAACUAUCUUCAGUCUAACUCUACAUACAAAAUAAACAUCCAUACUUUUAACAAAACCUUGUCACAGAAAGAAAAGCUAAGUAAGAUAGAUGACUUGGAAUUUGUGCCAUUUAAAGGAAAAGUGAAUUUACAAAAUGCUGAGCACAUAUUUUACUUGCUUGAAGAUUAUGGUCCAGAACCCAAUAAUACUCGCUUAGAGCCCCUUCAAAUCUUCUUUGGCCGGUGGAUUGCAGAUGGACAAAGAGACCUGAUCAAUUCCUACAGUGUCAAGAAGAGGCAUUUCAUUGGCAACACAAGCAUGGACGCUGGGCUUGCUUUUCUUAUGGCAAACCAUUUACGAGUGAAACCAAACGAUUUAGUAUUUGAUCCUUUUGUUGGAACUGGUGGUCUUUUGGUGCCAUGUGCUCACUUUGGGGCUUAUGUAUGUGGCUCUGAAAUUGAUUACAACACAGCCCAUGGUUUAGGUAAAGCCAGUAGAAUGAACCAGAAGUGGAGAGGGCCUGAUGAAAAUAUCCGGGCCAACUUACGGCAGUAUGGUCUAGAGAAAUAUUACGUGGAUGUCCUGCUUUCUGAUGCAUCAAAACCAAUAUGGAGAAAAGGGCCAUUAUUUGAUGCUAUCAUCACAGAUCCACCAUAUGGAAUUAGAGAGUCCACUCGAAAAACAGGCACACAGAAAGAGAUCAUAAAAACAGAACUAUUUGCAGAAAGCCAUGUUCCUGUUCAGUUAAAUUACCACCUAAGUGAUAUUUUCUCGGACCUGUUAAACUUUGCUGCAGAGUUCCUUGUCACAGGCGGGAGACUUGUGUAUUGGCUCCCAGUGUACCGACCAGAAUAUACAGAAGAGGUUAUACCCCGGCACCCAUGCCUGAAACUUAUUAGCAACUGUGAACAGACGCUGUCCAGCCACACGUCUCGUCGACUGAUAACAAUGGAAAAGGUGAAGGAGUUUGAGGAAAAUGACCAACAUGCUCAUGAGAAAGACACACAUUGUACGCCAUAUAAAGGUCACAACUCCUUCCGUGAAAAGUAUUUCAGUGGGUUAACUAAAAGAAUGGCUAGGGAAGGGAGAGUCAAAAAUCAAGAAGCCAACACUGGAAAUUACAUUGGCACUGAAAACCGGGAAGACAUCUAGCUUAUGGAGAACAUCUUGAUGUGGGAGAAUCUGAAGACUAAUUCAAACUGUUUUUAUUCAUUUAAACUUUUUUUUUUUUUUUUUUUUAAAUGCAAUGAGAAAUGACCAUGGAGACCCAGCAUUCUCCAUUUUGGAUUCCUAGAUUCUUUAUGGCAUGACUGCUUACUAUUAAAAUAGGGUUUAUAAUCAGGACAAUGCUGCACUGAACCAAUGAGAACGUUGCCUCUUAUGAUACCUCGUGUAAUGUUUGCGAAACACAUUACCAUUCGAUUUUAUUAUAAUGUGAUAGUGAUGGACACAUAAGAAAGUAAGACCCUAACAACUUACACAAUGUACUGUAAAAAGUUGUUGGGUUUUUCUUUGUUUGUUUUUUUGG